AGAAAGCUGAAAAUGAGCAAUUAUCCAGUCAAAUAGACACUAUAAAAAAGGAAUUUGAACAAUAUAAGAAGCGAGCACGUAAACUAUUAGAAAAGAACAAGGAAGAGCAACAAGAUAUGACUAGAGUACAUCAACUAGAGAAACAGUUACAAGAACUAGAACAAAAAUAUGAGGCAGAAUGUGGUAAAAAGUCUGAACAGCAAUUAGUCUUGGAGAGAGACUUGCGCAAGGCUAUUGAUCAUAUCAAUGAACUAGAAGCACAUCAAGCGACGUUAUUAAAGGAAAAGAGUACAAAUGAAUCACAGCUAAGUCGAUUGCGACAAGUGUCUGCGCGUGAUAAGUCUAGGAUAGAGUCACUUGAACAUUCCUAUCAGCAAAUAUUAGAUCAGCUUAAACAACAAAACCACAGCCAUCAGAAGGACAUACAUGAGCUACAAGAUAAAAUAGAGCAAUUAGAAAAGGAAAAUAGUCACUUGAUGCAAUUGAAACAACAACCCAUAGAUGUUUCCAAAGAGCAAACAAAACUAGAAAGAGAGUUACAGGAAUUACGUAUUUCAUUACAUGAAUAUGAGUGUGACAAUAGAUCCUUGAGACGUCAGGAACAAUUGUUAAAGAGUGAAAUAAGGAAAAUGAAUGCAGUUGAUAAACAGCAAAAUAUGAGUAUUGAAUACUUGAAAAAUGUCAUUUUAAAGUUUUUGAUGUCUGAUAAUAAGCAGUCCAUGGUACCUGUUAUUUCUAAACUGUUAUGCUUGAAUGAAACGGAAACAGUUGAUUUAAAGAAUAGCUGUUAUUAAAUCCUAUGUGUGUACUUUUCCCUUUUUUAUAAAUCCUCUCCCUCCUAUUUUUCUAAUGAAGGAGGAGAAAGAGAGAAAGAGAGAAUCAAUUUCCGCUGUAGCUGAGCGACAAUUUGUUUUAACUCGUGUGCGUUGUUUGUGUGUGCUUUAUUGCCUUUGAAAUUUUUUUUUUUUCUAUUGCGGGACAAGAAGAUCUUUCUACAUCCUUCAUCAGUUCUUUUUUUUUCUUCUUAUUUAAAAUCUAAUAAUGUAAGCCAUUUAACAAAAAUAAAAAAGUACAUAAACUAAAA